AUGAUCGGUCUUUAUCUCCUCUGUCCGCUGCAGACCUUCUUCACCCGAGCCUACGACCGCAUUUGCGAGGAACAGAAGCAGGAGGCAGCUGCCGCUGGCAACGGUGACGCCCUACCCGCCGCC